CUAUUUUUAUAAAAGUCAGAGAGGAACGGAUAUCUGAAUCUAAUUUUUUUAGUAUUUGUGAUUUGUUUCGUUAAAACAUAUGUUAAUUUUUAAUAUUUUCUUUGUUUCUCAAAUUUACGGAUAUCCGUAUUUUUUAAAUUGAAUCGAAUCGAAUAAUGAAUUGUAAAUUUUAAUUUACAGAUAAAAUGCCCUGCCUUACCUCAUAUGUUAAUAUGGGACAUCCAUUGUAGAGGAAAACUUUUGUUGGUGAAUAUGUAAAGAGAUUUAAAAUUUAGUUGUCCAAAAAUAAUUAUUCUUUUUCAUAUCUGUCAUAAGACUUUAAGAAAUUUAAUUGUGAAAAAAUGGUUUGGAGUUUAUGUUCACAUUAAGCAUUUAAGAAACGAAGCCAAGUACUGUUUCCUUACUCGAGGACACUUCUGUAACUCUCUCCGUUUGGGAGGUAAAAUACUUUUCGUCAACUCAAAUUAUAAAAGAAAUUUCGUUUUGUUUUAAUAUUAAAAGUCAUUCAAAUCCCAAGCCUUUUAAUCAUUCACACUCAAACUAUUCAUUCAACCUUCGUUUUUUAAAUUGUUUUGUUUAUUAUUAAAUCAUAUUCUUUUUUUGUCAAUAUUAAAUCAUAUUCUAAAACGCCAUUUUUACUAUAUUUUAUUUAGCAAAACAUAUUAAACAAUAUAUAGUUUUCAAACUGUAUAAAUACAAGAAGACCCAAAAGUCUAUACCAAAUUUGGACCGACUGAAAAAUCAUAAACGUAAAAAGUUGGUCUUCUUUCUUUCUUUAAAUUAUCUUUCUUUCUUUUUUUGCUAAAUCUCUUAGCUCUUCUCUUUGUUUUUUUUUUCUUCCAAACUUGUUUGGUGUGAAGUGAAGCUCUUUGUUCUUCAUCAUGUCUAAUGAAACCAAAGAUCUUAACAACCAUCACUAUACUUCAUCGUAUAAUCAUUACAACAACAUCAACAGCCAAAAUAUGAGUCUCCCUUACGUUUCUGGUCCAUGCACUUAUAAUGCAAACAUGAUCUCAUCACAAAUAGGUUCUGAUCUACACUCGAGUUCUCAAGGAGCGUUCGGAUUUGGUUUCGAGCCCUCGCCAUCUUCCAGCGAGUUUUUUAAUCCUUCGAUCGAUCAAGAAAAUGGUUUUUAUAAUGCUUAUAAUUAUAAUACUAGUCUCAAGAGUCAUGAAGUUGUCGGUGGUGGUGGUGCAAUCGCUGAGAAUGAAACUAGGGUUUCUGCAUCUCCUUCUUCCGGUGAGGCCCAUCAUCAUCACGGCGAAGAUUCUGGCAAAAGCCUGUUGAAAAGAGAAGCUGACGAUGGAGGAGAUAAACAACGUUCUCAGAAAGUAGUUAAAACAAAGAAGAAUCAAGAGAAGAAGAUAAGAGAGCCACGAGUCUCGUUUAUGACUAAGACCGAAGUUGAUCAUCUCGAAGACGGCUAUCGUUGGAGGAAGUACGGCCAAAAGGCAGUCAAAAACAGUCCCUAUCCGAGGAGUUACUAUAGAUGUACAACGCAGAAGUGCAACGUGAAGAAGAGAGUUGAGAGAUCUUACCAAGAUCCAACAGUCGUGAUCACAACCUACGAGAGUCAACACGACCACCCGAUCCCGACCACUCGCCGCACGGCAAUGUUUUCUGGACCCGCCGCAUCUGAUUAUAAAUCUUCGUCUCUAUCUCCAGGUUCCAAUUUCAUCAACACUCCAAGAAGCUUCUCACAUGAUGAUCUCUUUCGUGUGCCAUACUCAAGCAUGAAUGCAAACCCUAAUUAUCAGCAGCAACAAAACCAUGAGUUUCAGCAUGGUAGUGACUAUGAGCUUCUGAAGGAGAUGUUUCCUUCGGUUUUUUUCAAACAAGAACCUUGAUGAAAAAUUGUUUUGGGUGCAAAUGUUAAAACUUUGAAGAUGUAGUAGUACUAUCAUACUAUCAUACAUAAACAAUAUCGGAUGCAUACUAUAAGUGGUAGUUUUAUUCUGCAUGUAUAUUUUUCUGAGACUAGUAUGAUAUAAUGUAGAAAUGUUAUAGGCAUGGAUAUAUAUGGAGUCUCUUUCGAGUUAUUAAAAUAAAUUUCUUUGAGUG